CGGUUCGCUGUUCAUCGAUUCCGUCGCAACGGAUAGUGCUGUACGAGCGGUACAAUAGUUCAGUCACAUUUGCUAUUACAAAAAAUUUCUGCGUUUUUGUUUUUGUUGUUGUUCUUUUUUUUCCAAUUCGUUGUGGUGUUUAAAAGUAUCUACUAUGUUGUUUCUAGUGAAUUGAUUCGCUAAGAGGUUUGUUUUCAUUGGAAUUUGCAUGAAAUUCUAAAGAAAUCUCGCAUCGUUCGAUUGAAAUUGGUUGAAGCGUUGGCGUUCCAAUCAGAAAAAGGAAUGCCAGAAAUUCGGUUUUGGAUUCAAUGAAAGUUUUUGUGAAUAAAGUUAAAUUGAAUGAAUGUAGAUGAAUAGAAAAUGAAGCAUUUUUGAGUGAUAGUUGACAAUGGAUUUAAUAUUUUUUGUCCAAUCAAUGACGGUUUGUUUGAAAACAAGCGCUCGCACACUCGUUUUUCCGUCAAAACUUUAUCAAAUUUUCCAUUGUGUCACAACAAUUGUGUGAAGCGUUGAUUGACGAAAAACCAAUUGUAUUCAUUAUCUUCGAUCCGCUUGAGCAAAAUUCUCGUUGGUGUCAAGCAAUAAUUCAUAUACGCGCUUUGGACUGUAUUUAGAACAGUUUUCUGUGUCACUGUAGUGGAUAAAAUACCCAACCAAUGAAAGAAGUGAAGGAAAAAAAAUGAUGUUUCGCUGUGUGACACUCUCUCAAAUGAUCGAUUUUGAUGUUUGCAUAUUUUGAUUCGGAAUGAAAAAUUGGAUGGUGCCGAGUGUGUUCUUGUGUAUAUAAUGUGAAUGGUUGUGUGGAUUGUGUACGGUGUGCAGAGUGCGACAUCGCGAGAUUUUAUGAAUUGUAGUAGAAAGCAGCGGUUAUCUCGCAUGCUGGCCGAGACUGAAAGAGUGACAAUAACAUUACAUUCGAAUAGACACACAUCGAUAUUUGAAAGGGGAAAAAAAUGCGCAUAUUUGUAACCAAAAACUUCAAUGAAAGAAAGCAGAGCAAAUAGAAAUAAACAGUGAAAUAAAUAUUAAAAGGCAACAAAAAAGUUCAGUGUGGCAGUAAAAAAAAUACGUCAAAUUGCAAGUGAGAAAAAAGGGAAAAAGGAGCGUGAUCGUGCCGAGAGCGCACAGUGUGUGUAAAUGGCAGAGUUUAUAUUUUAUAAAUAAAUGUAGUGGAAUUUCGCAGUUGAACCAUAUCCGAAACAACGAAGAAGAAAAAAUAUCGCUGAAAAGAAAAGCAAAAAAAAAGAACUAAAUAAAUUCGCCAGUUCGUGCCAGUGUGAGAAUUAUGCAAAAAUGACUGUCUGAAAAAUAUGGAUGGCAUCGCAUGCGGAAUGUGAGCGUAAAAAUUCGGCAUGAAAAUAAAUCAAGCGAAUGAGUCAAAGCUCUCCGAUGAAUUUCUGCCGUUGCCGUUGCUACUACUGCCGCUACUUCUGCUCUUGAUCAAUCGGCUAUAAUAUUAUUUUCAUUCUUGGUUACACUUUUUUCUCUUCGCUUUUCUAAAUUACUCGUUUUUUUUUCUGGUGGUGUGUGUGUGAAAUGUUCGCGAGGUGAAACCAAAGUCUAAUAUUAAAUAUGCGCAAAUGCUGACACUCGACGAAAAAUUCGUGUAAAUUGUGCAAAGUGAAUAGCCAGUGAAAUCCAAGAUUUUCACUGUGUAAUUUGAAUGUUGUUGUUUUUUUUUUUCAUUGCAUUACAAUUGAGCCAAGUAGUUGGCCUUUUAUGCAAAUCAGCGGAAAAAACAGUUACUGUGUGUAAAGUGACAAAGUGAGAAAAGGACAACAGCGACAAUUUAAAAGCCGACGAAAAUUUUUUGUGCGCGUUUUUUAGUUUCGUUUGUGUGUUGAAUCGACUUGUGUUGCUGUCGCUGCCCUUCUGAUAACGGAAUAAACGGCACGAGUGAAACGAAAAGAAGGAGUAACUGCGAUACACAAACACAGCGGAUUAAAGUUAUAAUAUGCCAAAUAUACCACCGAGCAAUGUAGAUCUUCCCAAUGGCUGGGACAUCGCAAAAGACUUCGACGGCAAGAUCUAUUAUAUUGAUCAUGUCAAUAAAAAAACUACCUGGAUUGAUCCCAGAGACAGGUACACAAAACCACAGACGUUUGCCGACUGUGUCGGUGACGAACUGCCGUUGGGAUGGGAAGAAUCUUAUGAUCAAAUCAUCGGACGAUAUUAUAUCAAUCAUUUUGAUCAAUCAACACAAUUGGAAGAUCCGCGACAGGAAUGGAAAUCGAUUCAGGAACAAAUGCUGCGGGAGUAUUUAUCAUCAGCACAGGAUCAGCUUGUAGCCAAAAAGGAAAUUUAUGAUGUGAAAAAUCAACGGCUUCAACUGGCCGAAGAUGAGUACAACAUGCUGACGGCAAUGGCAGCUAGUCGCAGUAGUUUGUAUUCAUCGAGCAGUAGUUCAAUCAGUAUGCGACAUGAUCCGGAAUUGUUGAAGGCUGAAUUGGCGAUGGCAAGGGAGAGAGUGCGACGACUAAAACGCGAACUGCUUCAAAUCAAUUCCGACAUAACGUACACACAGCGUGGCGUCGACACACUGAACAACGUCGAACAGAAAUUGAAUGCUCACGAAAAUGGUUGCUACAACAUUACAGAGGUCCAAGCGAUCCGCGAGGAAAUGGUGAAAGUGCAAAAGUCAUUGGUGUCCGGGGAAAAAGUGAAGGAUGAACUGAUGCGAAGCUUAGCCCAAAUCAAAAAUGAGCUGACGCGACAACAAUACUGUGAUUCAAACAGUGAUUAUUCGGUGUUUAUGCAGAAUGAUAAAAUCUGUGUGGCAUCGCAAACGGAUCUGUGUGCAGAGAAUUUGAACGGUGGAGCUCGAUUUGCCGAAAUGGCCAAAACCAAAUUCCAAUACGAUGAAUGGCGAAAGCAUAUCAAACAGUUGCAACAGCAAUUGGCCGAUCAUGUGGAUAAAAUUGAGCCCGGCCAAUUGGAAUCCGAUAAAGAUCAUUUGUUGUUGAUACAAGAGAAGGAACAGUAUUUGAAAGAGUUGAGAAGCAUUCCAUCGGCGACCAAGUCCACCACCGAAAUUGUAAAAAUACAAGAAGCGUGUCGAAAACUCGAAACCGAUUUGAAAAAUGCCUACGAAUUGUCCAACAAAUGCAUUGCCGAUCGGUUGCGAUUGCAUGAAGAGAAACAGGUAUUGCUGCAACAGCUGCAAGACGCACUGAAAUCGACAAAGAUGCUCGAAGAACGCUUGAAAUCGUUCUCAUCGGGUAGCACAUUUUCAAUUAGCUCUGGCUCAAGUUUGGGUUCACUGUCAACGGCCAGCAGCAAAAAUUCACUCAGUCUCAGUUUCACGGAUAUCUAUGGCGAUCCGCUGACGACCGAUGGCCAAGUUGAUAUGCUCGAUUUGCACCGUCGCACCCAAAGAAUAUCGCAUCCGUCAGAGGUGUCACUGUCACCACGAAGCAGUCUCUCAGUGGAAACACCACCUGCUUCACCGAUGAAAGAGAAUGUCACCGACGAACCAACUUAUGAAAAUACAAAAUAUUUCCCCUUGCCAUCAACAUCGCAACAAGAGUUGGACUCGACCGUGUUUGAUUGCAUGCGUUUGGAAGAACGACUGCACGAACUGGAGUGGAAACAAUCGAUGGGUAUGAGCAUCGCACCAAAUGCAGCACCAUUGUCACCGAUUUAUGAAAAGCCAUCUCUUUUGAAUUUGCCACAACAAGCGGCCAUCAGUAGGGCAUCAUCGGCAUCAAACACACGUUCCGUUUCAGCGGCCGUUAGCAAUGAAUCAGUUGCUGGCGAUUCAGGAGUGUUUGAAGCAUCGCGAGCAACGUUACCGGGUCGCGAAUCAGCUCAAGUGCAAAUCGGUUUGAAAUACUCGAAGACCGAUAACACAAUUCACAUCUCGAUCGAACGAGCCCGUAAUCUGCAUGCACUCUGUCUCUCAAAUAAGUGUCAAGUUUAUCUCAAAGUCGCGCUGCUACCAAAUAGUCAACAAUCACUGAGAACGUCACUCGCUAGCGGUGCAUUGUUGAAGCCAGUUUUUGGCAACUCGUUCGCCGUGCCGAUACCAUUGAACAAGCUUUACACGAAAACACUUCAAGUCAAUGUGUUCAGUGUUGUCGGUCAACGAGAGGAGAUUGUUGGUUGUGCGCAAAUCAGUUUAGCCGAAUUCAAUUCCGAAGACUCAACCAUGAAAUGGUACAACAUUUUGAGUUUCAAAUCGAUGCAAAACUUCGAUUCACUAGAGGGUGGUGUCAGCAGUGGUUGUAAGGAAGAAUCGUCGGAUGAGUCAACGAUCAUUUCAUCGCAAACGUCGACAUUGACACGUGAUCAAGGUCAAGAUGGCAUUGCAUCGUCUUUGGUUGAUGAAUUGGGCGAAAAGCUCACACUGAACGACGAUGAGGAUGAGCAAUCAAACUCAGGCGAGAAUGAGAACGGUGAUGAAGGCAGCAGCACAACUGAAGAUCUUGAAUCGACCGAACAAAUGCUAGCCAACUACAUCAAAGAAGUGCAAAAUUUCAAUGUGCCAACAGCAACGGUUGACAAGGAGACCAAUACAGAAUGCGCAUUUCCACCGGAAAAAUCACGUACUCGUGAUCGAUCAUCGCUGCUGUCGAAUUCGUCGUCAUCAAAAGAACUGGAUUCAAUUGACGAACGAAGCGUGAAGCGUUCACAAACAUUCUCACCAAGUGCGGUUGUUAGUAAAUCUCGUUAUGUUUGCCGGUUAAACCGAAGCGAUUCCGAUUCAGCGAUGCACUUUGCCACCGGAGGCCAUGGUCUGAACUACAAUCAAUUGUCGGUUCAGAAUCCAUUCCAUCGUGGAGCCGUCGAACGGCGUUCGCUUCGUUUCCACAACAAAGUCCCAAAAAGUGUUUCAACCAAAAUGUUGCCAAUACCUCGAACUAGUCUUGAUUUGGAGUUAGAUUUGCAGGCUCAACACACAAAAUUGGAAACGCUCAACGACGAAAUCGAGAAAUUAAAGAAUUUAAAAUCGAAAUUGGAGCAAGCGGUCGAUUCAAAAGAUGGUAAAAUUGCUGCAUGGGCAGUUGAAAAUGAAGACUUUCAACGAUUGGUUGAGAAUAUUGAAACAAACAAUACACCAGAAGACCGCAAAUUGAAGAAACUCUUGCACAAAACAUCCAAGGAAAUUUACAAACUGCGUAAAACUCGUUUGCCAAAGGGACAACCAGACAUUGCAUCAUUUAAAGAAAAAAUGGCCUUUUUCACUCGCAAAGGAUUGCCUGUACCUGAUUUGCCAACCGAUUUGGUAUUGACCGAAGAGCCGGAAGAAUUUUCGAUGCCCGCCACACCACCAUCGUCGUCAACCAAUUCAACGCCCAACGAAUCAACACCGAAUCCAAGCGAUGAAUUCGGCACGGGCGAUCAAACGAAAUCAAACAGUCGUUUUGAAUACGUGGUUGAUCGUACAUACGGUGUUGAAGUUUGAUUCCGUUAAAGAAAUCGUGAUGUACAAAACAAAAUGGAAACACACCAAAAUGAAUUGGGAACCGAGAGUUGUUGGGUUGACAACAAUUUCGAUCAAGCAGAAGCGCGUGUACAGCCAAAAUGAGUUGGCUGAUUUCUUUGCAUACAAACAAAUGGAAAUGAAUGGGCAUAUAUUUUCCAUGUAGCUCAAAAUACCCGCCAACAAAAUGCAUGAAGGUUUUUGUUUGAAUAAAUCAUGAAAUAUUGAAGGAAUCGUGCAAUAUCAAUCAAAAUUUUAUGAUUAGGUUUCUGUUUGUCAUUAGAAUCACAAUUUAUUUUAGAGUAAAAUUGCCGAACACAUUCAUAACAAACGAAACAAAAAUCACAUUCAUCGGACAAUCAAACAAAAGAAAUACCACCAUAUUAAAGAAAUGCAUCUUUUAAAAAGUCGCACAAUCUGAGAAAAGAACAACGCCAUAUUAAUUGAUAAAAAAAAAAGAAAUGUUCAACAAUCGAACCGAAAUGUUUUUUUUUUGUUUUCGAUUUUUUUUUUAUUUUUAAUAAUUUAUCUUCUUCUUCGUAAGAAAACCAAAUAUAAAUAUUAUAUAAAAAUAUACUCAAUAAAAGAUGAGAAAUGUUAAAAUAGUUUUAAGCUUUGAUUUAGGUUUAGUGUGAACAUUUUGCUUAAGUAGACUUAGAAUUGAAUAGCCUGAUUGAAGUAGCCAUUUAACUUGCAACAAUGUUGGAAGACUUAUAACUUAUGCUCGAACAAUGUUUGAUGGAAAACAAACCUCCCCCCAUAUCGAACUAAUUAUUUUUCGCUAUCAUGUAAACAAAUUUUUUUUAAACAAAUGUAAACAAAGUGCCUUUUUGAUGGAAAAUUAUCAACAUCGUAGAGAAAAACCUCCCAAGUAUUUUAAUCAUUGGAAUAUUUUUUUAUACAGUUUAACAAAUUUUUGAGAGAAAAGAAAGAAAAAAACAAAUCAUGGAAGCAAAAUUCACCGGAAUGUUAUGUAAAUAAAAAAAACAUUUUGAAUUUUAUUAACAAAAUUUAUUUAACACACGAACAAGCACAAAAUCCUAUAAUAUUUUUUGCCUUAGCUAUCGUAAUUAAUUUGUUUUAACUAAAUUUAGAUCGACCUACGUGUUUGAACAAUGAACAUUGUAAAAAAAAACGAUUUUUUUGUAUUAAGUUUGAAUGCUGGAAUGAAUGUUGCGAGAAAGGAUAAUGCAGUCUAUGAAUUCAACACAAAAUUCGCUGUUGGAUAGGUCAUGUGUAAUUCAAAUAAAAAACAAACACAAAUACUGAUGUUUCAGUGGAUCAA